UGCAGCAGUUUCCCUAGUGGUCUUUAAUAAUACAGCGAUUUGCUCCUGAAAUGUCAUGUCUUGUUUACCCAGCAUUGGUCGCAUGAGUGUCAUUGGGCACCGUGGCGAGAAUUGAGAGGGCUCGGUCGCCGGUGCUCAGCUAUAUUUUCGCUCGUGUCUAAUGAAGGACAACGCAAAUCGUCGUUUGACUUGCACUGUAGCGAUUCCGAGUGAAUUGCUGGAACGUCUUGGUUGAGGGUGUUAUUGCUACGGUGAGAGCGGCGGUCAUGAUACGACAGGUGUGCGAACAGCUCGACGAAAGAACCAACGAAAGGCGAUGGCAAUAGGCAGCAGCACGGCAUGCUGCAGUGCAUUGCUGGUGCUAUGUCGGCCUGUCAAAAUGGCUGCAUUGACGCCAAAAGAUCAAUGACCCUCUGAGGGGAUCCCAAAUUCUUUCCAGCGCGAUGCAGAAAAGAAGUGUGCAUGGCCGAACAAAAAGGGAGGUGUUAGGGAAAGUAAAGCGUUUCAGGAGGUGGUAGUGGUCGAUGACGGGGUUGAUGGCAGAGACGGAUUUUGAGUCGCACUGGUGGUUGGUGUGGGCGGGGAUCCUGGAGUUCGGGGGAGCUGGCUGUUUGCUCUGCCCGGCGUACCGGUACUCUGGCAGGACAGACAGGGCGGCUCAGGAGGCGGGCGCAGUCUCUCAGCGUUGAUUGGGCAGAAGAAAGAUAAAAUCCUGCAUGCCCUCCAUCUGAUUCGCC